UAUCGUAGCCUAUUUCCGGCGGAAGUUGUAUUGGCUCCGAGAGGUCGGGUCGACCACGGGGGGCUUCAACAAAAAGAAACGAUGUCAUUUUUGACAGCUGCCCUAAGGGGUCUUCUAAAAUGUACAAAUAGGCAUCAGGCAUGCUCUACACAAGUUACCUGUGGUAAUGCUGCAGUAGGAGUGAAAGCUCUCCAGCAACAGUGGUCAAUUCCUCAGCGAUGUCUAACGCUUCCCCCAGAAAAGGAGCGUGGUCUGAAGAAACGUGGAAAGUUUCAGCCUAGUGCCUGGAAGCGCCUCCAUAAACAUGGUAUAGAGGCAGUCCUAACAACAUCAUCGGGACGCAGAAGACUUUUCAACAGAUUGAUCAGAGGAAAACAUAACUUAACUGUGUUUGACGAUUUCUUAGCUGUCAAACCUAGAUCUGCAAAAACCAAGAAAGAGUUACGACAUGAGGCAACGAUAUCCAAGCCUCUCCGGAGUCGUCAUAAUGCAUGAGAGAUUUCACUGAAUGAAUGUUAAUGUAAAACUAAUAGAAUGUAUUUGUGAAAUGUGAAUAAAAUAUUGAUAUAUACACA